AUGUUUCUGUUCAUAUCUAUCUAUCUAUCUAUCUAUCUAUCUAUCUAUCUAUCUUGCCUGUUCAUUAACUAUCUAUCUAUCUAUCUAUCUAUCUAUCUUGCCUGUUCAUUAUCUAUCUAUCUAUCUAUCUAUCUAUCUAUCUGUCUGUCUAUAUGUUUCUGUUCAUAUCUAUCUAUCUAUCUAUCUAUCUAUCUUGCCUGUUCAUUAACUAUCUAUCUAUCUAUCUAUCUAUCUAUCUUGGCCUGUGCAUUAUCUAUCUAUCUAUCUGCUUCUGUUCAUAUCUAUCUAUCUAUCUUGACUGUUCAUUAUCUAUCUAUCUAUCUAUCUAUCUAUCUAUCUAUCUAUCUAUCUUGGUCUGUUCAUAUCUAUCUAUCUAUCUAUCUAUCUUGGUCUGUUCAUAUCUAUCUAUCUAUCUAUCUAUCUAUCUUCGCACAUUUCUAUCUCUUUCUAUUUGAGAAUGUGAAACUGCCCAAGCAAAAAAUCUAUCUAUCUAAUCUUAUUCAUAUCUAUGUAUCUAUCUUUCUAUCUCAUUCUAUUUAUAUCUAUCUAUCAUGGCCUGUUAAUAUCUAUCUAUCUAUCUAUCUAUCUAUCUAUCUUGAUCUGUUCAUAUCUAUCUAUCUAAUCUUAUUCAUAUCUAUCUAUCAUGGCCUGUUAAUAUCUAUCUAUCUAUCUAUCUAUCUUGAUCUGUUCAUAUCUAUCUAUCUAAUCUUAUUCAUAUCUAUGUAUCUAUCUUUCUAUCUCAUUCUAUUUAUAUCUAUCUAUCAUGGCCUGUUAAUAUCUAUCUAUCUAUCUAUCUAUCUAUCUUGA